GGUUUUGGCUUGCUGUUUCAGCUGUCAGCUGUCAUUCGAUUUUUGAUUUUUUUCACGUUUGAAGUUUCAAAAGAAAAAUUGCAAAAAAAAUGGAAAUCGAAACCGAAGAUUUUAUAAAAGGUUUACGUUUAUUACAUUCACGUUCACCCGAAUCAUCGGAUGAAUUGAAAAAAUUAUUAGAUUUUUAUCAUGCUAAAAAAAUGAAUUUUAAUCUUGAAUCACGACGACCAAAAGAUACCCUGAUGAAUGCAUUUUCAUCGCUACAAAGUUUAAAUCAAGGAUUACGAACGGCAACAGCUGGUGAAGAUAAAAAGCAAAAAACAUUGGAAGAAGAUUCCGAAGCAACCGAUAUUGAAGAUAAUGAAGCAUUCGAUUCGAAUAAUAAUAAUGAUUCUUCCACAACGAAUAUCAUCCAUAAUAAUCAAUGUAUUGUAUGUAGACAAGGUGAAUCAACCGUAAAUCGUCUUUUAGAAUGUCAUGAAUGUCGACUAUGUUUUCAUCCGGAAUGUCAUAAACCUAUUGUAUCGAAAAAAGAACUGAAUGAUCCGCGAUCAAUUUGGUAUUGUUUUAAAUGUAAAAACGUGGGGAGGAAAAUGCAAAAAACAUCGAUAAUAUCCGCUGCAAAUAGUGGUAAAGUUAUAAUCGAUCCAAAUAAGGUUGUAACAAAUACCGCAAAAUCCUCGUUAGAUACAAUAAAACGUUCGAAUAAAAUUGCCACUACACAAUCAACACAAUAUCAUCCAAUUUUAAAGGCAAAUUCAUCAACAAUCGGAGGAACUGCCACGGGUAUUUCACCGGGUAAUCAAUCUGUUCGUCAACAAUCAUCAACAAUGGCUACAAAUUUGACGAAUAAAACCAAAUCGAAUAUUGGUGGAUCGAUGCAUAAUGCUACUUCAUCGGCUGCUGGUGCAACAUACAACAAUCCAACACCAUCAUCAAAUUUGAUGAAUAAUCUGGAUAAACGUUUGGCUAAUAUGAAAAAAACUAAAUCUGGUUCGAAGUUUUCCUAAGCAAAAAUGUUCCAUUCCAUUAUCCUUUUUAAAAAAAAAUGAUUCAAUAAGAUUUGGUGUGUGUGGGAAAUUAAUUUUCCCAUUU